UCGCAGUUGUUCACAGUCUCGAGAACGUCGAUUUAUGCACGGCGAGAGUUAAAGAUUAGUCGUCGCGGCGUCUGUUCGUCUGUAUGCGGGCACUGUGCUUUGACGGGUGACGAACAGCUUUCGUGACCGAGACGCAGUUCCGGGGAUCGAACUGACAUAACUUCGCUGUGCUUCGCUUACCGUCGUCGUGCUUAAACCGGAAAAAACGAAGGCACCAUUCGGAGGAAAAUGUCAAAGAUCGAGGAGGCGAACGAGCACAUACGCCAGGCUGAAAAAGCCUUGAAACCUACUUUUUUAAAGUGGCGACCUGAUUACGAGGUAGCAGCUGAUGAGUACUCACAUGCAGCAACAUGCUUUCGAAUAGCCAAAUCGUAUGCACAGUGUAAAGAUUGUUUAGUGAAAGCAGCAGACUGUUACAAACAAUCCAAAGCAUGGUUUCAUGCAGGAAAGAGUAUCGAGCAAGCUCUGGUCAUCUGCAAGGAAAUGGGAGAUCUGUCAGAGGUAUUGAAACUAGCUCACAGUGCUUGUGGCCUUUUCCAGCAGCACGGUUCCCCUGAAUCAGGUGUGAAUGCACUCGAUAAGGGAGCCAAGAUGCUAGAAGCUACACAUCCCCAGCAGGCUCUAGAACUGUUUAAACGCGCGGCUGAUAUACAUAUGGGUGAGGACAGUUCGCGACAUGCAGCGGAGUACAUGAGCAAAGCCGCGAGGCUAUUGGUGAAACUGCAGAUGUAUGACGAGGCGGCAGACGCGAUACGUCGCGAGAUUGGUAUGUAUCAGGAUAUCAAGCUUUGGAAUUCGCUUGGAAGGCUCACUGUGGCGCUAGUGCUGGUACAAUUGGCGCGGGGCGAUCAGGUCGCAGCCGAGAAGGCUUUCAAAGAAUGGGGUAACUUCUGCGAGGCCCCCGAAGUACAAACGUUGGAGAUGUUGCUACAAGCAUACGAUAACGAGGACGCAGAUGCAGCUCGGGCAGCUCUUAACAGUCCCUUUAUCAAGCACAUGGACGUAGAGUAUGCCAAGCUAGCGCGAGGCUUGCCUUUACCCCAACAGGAAUACGCUAUUCCUCCUGCCGGAGUGAGAGCCAAUGCCGCUGAAUCCUAUGUUUCUCCUAACGCGUCCAAAGUCGGCGGUCAGGCUACCGUCGAAGCGGAAGUUAACCACGCGAAGAACGAAACUAGCCAAUCAACCGAGAAGAAACCGACGCAGCGGGACGAAGAGGACGAUUACGAGGAAGGAGGCCUAUGUUAAUCGUCUUUACAUGUAAAAAAAGUCCUGUAUUGCUUAUAAACGUUUAAUCAUGUAACGUUGUUGCAUUGUAACGCUUGCAUGUAUAUUGAGCGUUUCAUCGAAAGCACAUUAUUCGCUUCAAGAGAAUUUAUCUUUCUGCUUAACUCUUAAAAGAAAUUUAACUUCCACAAUUAUAUUAGAGUACAAUGCGAAAAGGGAUAACACAAUCUAUAUUUUUUUUUGUUAUUCAGAUUAUUUUAAAUUUUCAGUAAUGAUGAUAUGUCAAUUAACUUAACUCGCUUAUCAACAACUUUUUCUCUGUACAGAAUUCUUGCAAAAGUUCUGAACUUCUAAAAUUUAUUAAUUAGAUUAAAUUUUAUAUUUUUAUUUUAUAUUAUUUUAAAUAGAUUAAAAAUCUAAAAAUACAAUAUGUGGAGAAAAUAUAUUUCUUUUGAAAAGCCUUUAUAUAGCAUGGCAUCAGAAAUGGAGAAAAAAUUUAAUUAUCUUCUUUGAUUGUGACAAUACAUAAAAAAUAUUUCAGAUCCAUCCUUAACGUAAAUUAAUGUCCGAAAUAUAUUUCUUUUUCGCGAUCAUCACAAUCGAAGGAAAUAAAUGUUUUAACAACUCAGUUUUCUGAUAGGACAUUCUGUAUAUAGCAAUAUCAUGACGACAUAAAUAGAACAAUGCCUGCAUUUUACUUUUUUUUUACAUGUGCGAGUGUAUGUGUGUGUAUAUAUAUCCCUCUCUCGGUAAACAUUUCCAUAUUUUUAAUUAACAAUUAGCCAACGUUGUACAUACUUUAAUUGAAAGACGCAACAUUCCUCGACGAAGACAGAAAUAUUUAAUUUUGAAGCACUGUCCUAGCGAGAUCGUUAUUAUAUACUGUUAUCAUUAUGAGAGUUUAAGAGAAAAAAAAAUAUAAAUAUUGCAUCACGA